AUGGUUCGAUUAACAAAUAAUUUCGCGCUAGUCUGCGCAGAAGCGAGCAACAAGACAUCAGCGGAGUGUGCAUGUGACAUUCGAAUCAAUUUACGAGGAUGCUCCGAAGAAAAAGUCAUUUACGCUGCAAGCAUUGUACUUCUGCCAUAUUUAAUUUUGAUCUCUGCGAUUUCCGUGGCAUUCAUAUAUGAUCAAGUAUAUGUGAAACGACAAUCGGUGCUAUUCCCUUCAAGAGAGAGAGGCAUAAUAAGAACGAAGCCACAAUUUUCAUUUAACAUUGCUGUGUGUGUAUUUCAUCUAGUGCAGGCGAUAUCCUUAUUAUUACUAAUUCUGGAUGCCUACCCGAAUUCGAUCUUUGCUGAACUUUUCGCUUACCUUUCACGUGAAGUUGGCUACGCACUUUCUGUGUUUUAUCCAAUUAGCAUAGUCUACUCAACACCUACGGUGCAUUCGUCAUACACGAUCCAAUCUCAAUGGAAGCCAAAGAAACAACAUCUUGACAUUUUUGCCAUAUGUCUAAUGAUCGGUCCAUUUAUCUCAAACAUUCCUUUAUCUUUACUUACUGGUUACUAUGCCGAUGCAAACGAUAUUCAUUCCGCAAGAGCCUUUUACAUUUCAAAUUCCGUGGUGUGGUGCUUGUGGGUUUUACAAUAUGUGGCGACCUUGCUAUAUGUUUACCGUAAACUGGUCUCGAACAUGCGAGAUAUCAUAGAUUCUUUACGACGAAGGUAUCACCACGAUAAAGAAAUCGAUUUUGUGAUUCGACGAUUAAAAGUGGCCGGACGACUCCUCUCAUGGACUGCCGGAUUUGUGGCUUCAAUGUUUUUUAUUCACUUCCUGGAAAAUCUCUUUUUCGGUUUCUUUUACCGUGGGCUAUUACUAUCGCAACCAAGUCGCAGCUUCCUCUACUACUUUCUGUGGUAUUUCACCGUGCCCAUCAUUUGCAACGUUUCACAAAUUGUCAUGUAUUAUUACUAUUACAAGCAACAAAAUCUGACCUCUGGUAAUCCUCCAAAUGGAUCAUAUAACCUCCAACCAAAAUCACAUUCAGAAAUUAAUUUGAGGUCAGUACCAAUGCAAUCGAUUAAUGAGUACCGAGCUGUUCAAUCGUACUUGUAUUAUUCCACGUCUCAAAAUCCCGGUAAGCACUACGGUUCCUCGAGCAUAACCUUAGUAAAUUAUUUGUCGGCAUCAAAAAACAUAGAACAAUCGGCACCAUUGAGUGGUACCACGUUCGCCUCAUCACGGGAAAGUGCUUCACAGUUUAUACUUGGCAGUCGAAGCAAUCUGAGUAUGCUUAACGCAUCAUCGACUUUUCAGAUCGAAGAACAAAAUUUUGUGUGCACGACGAAUGAUUGUAAUCUUAGAAGAGACGAGGAGGUUGAAUUCGUGGGGGAAUCAAAUAUUAAGGAAGUCGAGAAGUGUGUCAGAAAAUCGUGGUUAAUAAAAAAACCAAUAAGAGUUAGAAGAAUACUGAUGGAGCAGGUUAAUGCUUCGUUGUUGCACUCACUGGACACAAGUUAUUGUGCGGAUUCUGUAGAAUUCUGUCCAUUCGAGGAUUACUCCCAAUUUUUGGCGUGUGGCACUUAUCAACUGGUCGAUCCAGGUGUCAAAACCAUCGAGUUCAAUGAAAAUAUUAAUGAUAAAGAAAUGUUAAAUCAGUUUGAUGCGCCCCAAAAGAAAUUAGGAAGAUUGCUGUUGUAUCAAGUCACAAAUAAUAAUAGUACCAAAAAAAUGCAAGAGGUUCAGAGAAUCGAAACAGCAGCAAUACUUGAUAUGAAGUGGUCUCACCAAAAGGUCAAUGGCGGUGAUAUUGUCUUGGCGCUGGCAUGUGAAUCAGGGAAAAUUUGCUUAUAUGGAUUAAACCAGGAUAAUAAUCAAUUUAAUCUCUUGAAUUCUCAUGCCACUAACGAAGAUAGGAAGUUAUGUCUUUCGCUUGAUUGGUCUAACCGUUUAGAAACUAGCAACAACACAUCUAUUGUUAUUUCCCAAAGUGAUGGUAGCAUCGUCGUGGUGUCGGUGGAUAGUCAGAUUGGAAUUCUCGAGAGGAGUCGAUGGUUGGCUCAUGACUUUGAAGCUUGGGUGGCCGCCUUUAAUUAUUGGAAUACGAAUCUGAUAUAUACAGGAGGAGAUGAUUGUUUCUUGAAAGGAUGGGAUUUAAGAACCGAUUCGGCUCCAACAUUUAAGAAUGGAAGAUGUCAUCAAGCCGGUGUCUGUAGCAUACAAUCUAACCCUCAUUCCGAAUAUCAUUUGGCAACGGGAAGCUAUGAUGAACAUAUUUUACUUUGGGAUACAAGACAGAUGAAACAACCAAUCUGUGAUAAUCACGUCGGCGGUGGCGUAUGGCGAUUAAAGUGGCACCCGGUGAGGAGGAACCUUUUGUUGGGAGCAUGUAUGCACAAUGGGUUUCAUCUAAUCAAAGUGGAAGGAAUGUCAGGAGAAGAUAAUUUAUCCAUGAACAACAUAGCAAAUUUUAGAAACCCUGAUCCUUUGGCUUAUGGUGUCGAUUGGUCUUAUUCACUAACGUUAAAUAAACCUUUAGCAGCCGG